AACAAGAAAAAAUAUGUAUAUUUAUAACUAUAUGUAAAAAGGAAAAAGUCGCGUCGCACAAAGGCAACGUGAAUACUAUUUAAUCGGACCUCUGAUGCAGCGAUAAGCAGGCUUUUUUCAACGGAGCCUCGCUAAUUUGACCGUCCUCUGCCAGAUAGUCUUUGUCUUUCUCGAAAAGUCGGUGGAACGUUGUGGUACUGGAAUAUUUGAAGAGUGGCUCAUCAAACGCAACAAACAUGUCAAACACUCCAAGUCUAAACAGUAGUAGUAACAAUAUCAGUAGCAAGGCGCCCCUUGCCCAGAAGCAGGACACGUACAGUAGCGACAGCAGCGAGGAAGUUCUGGAAACAGCCGAGGAGCGGAGGAGGCGCAUCCUGAAGGAGCGCAGCCGGCUCAACCGUCCGCAGCACAAUAUGUCAGGCGAAGGGGCUGUACCCAAGCACGACUUAAAGUCCCCAUGCGGAGCAUCUCCCAGCUGCCAGCCAACGGGUUCCGGAAUGGGCCGCUUGCCGGUCCCUCCCGAGAGGAUCACCAUGCUUGUGGACGGCGUGCGCUUCACGGUGGAGCAAUCACUGCUUACAGCACAUCCCACCACAAUGCUAGGCACGAUGUUCGGCUCUGGCUUCCAGUUCGCGCAUACCAACGAGCGCGGCGAGUACGACGUUGCCGACGGCAUUUCGCACUUAGUGUUCAGAGCCAUUCUGGAGUACUACAAAAGCGGUGUUAUCCGCUGCCCGCCCACUGUUUCGGUACCGGAACUAAAAGAAGCCUGUGAUUAUCUGCUCAUUCCCUUCGACGCAACCACGGUGCGCUGCCAGAACCUAAGAGGCCUUCUCCACGAGCUUAGCAAUGAAGGAGCGCGACAACAAUUUGAACUCUUUCUUGAGGACCUAAUUCUGCCCCUCAUGGUGGCCUCGGCGCAGCGCGGGGAUCGAGAGUGCCACGUUGUGGUGCUCCUUGAAGACGAUAUGGUCGAGUGGGACGAAGAAUUUCCGCCUCAAAUGGGCGAGGAGUAUUGUCAGACCGUGCACAGCACUGCCAUGCACCGAUUCUUCAAGUACAUAGAGAACCGCGAUGUGGCCAAACAGGUGAUGAAGGAUCGCGGUCUUAAGAAGAUACGCUGCGGCAUAGAGGGAUACCCCACCCACAAAGAGAAGAUCCGAAGGCGGCCCGGUGGACGGGCUGAGGUUAUCUACAGCUAUGUGCAACGACCUUUCAUCCACAUGUCCUGGGAGAAGGAGGAAGCAAAGAGUCGCCAUGUUGAUUUCCAGUGUGUAAAAUCCAAGUCUGUCACGAAUCUAGCGGAAGCAAAUGCCGAUCCGCCACUGGAAUUAGACGCAAGUGGAAAUCCGAUUCCCCCUAUUGCAGUGGCUAAUCCGCAUCCCAAUAAUGCUGAGCUCGCUGCCGGUAUGGCCGUCGCACCCGCAGCUAUAGGCGUGGCUGGUCCAGCAGUCGUGGUAGGCGUCGACGAGGCGGCCGGGGGCGUUGUAAUGCUCAACGAGUUGGACCAAGCAGCGAUCGCUGUAGCCGUCGGCAUAGUUGACGAAAAUAUGUAGAUCGGCUGGUAGGCGGAACACACUGCCAGAGCAACACCGCGCACAGAAAAACUCUACGUUUUUGAUUAACAUUUUUAUAAGUAUAUUUAAUAAAUGGAAAUUUCGAACACGAAAAA